AAGUUAUGUUUUCGGCGCGUAAAUUUAUGUUUUGACGAGUGAAGAGACGGGUGGGGGGAGAGCGCAUUGCAACAUAAAGCGACCGCUUGCACAUCUUACACGAACUGCCGUCAAGUGCCCGCUGUACGGCCAAAUACAAUUUGUCUGCCAUCUCCUUAGAAAAUGAUACCUCACCUUUAAGUGUUAAUUUGUGUUUAUGUAUCUUUGGAUGUGAGUGUGUGUGUGUGUGCGGCUUGCAUAAAAAAAUAAUAAUACACAGACAGGAAGUAGGAAUUCCACCAUCUCUUUCGCCUUCGAGCGGCGUCUAACACACGCACACACAAUUUCGGCGGCGAAUGUGAACGGUAGUUGUUUGCGUUUUGUGCGUUGAGCAGCAGCCUCCAUUUCCGACUGGAUUUGCACUGUGCCUCCCCCCCUCCAAAAACCCGCUCAAAAGGCAAUGUUUAUCGCCGACCUGAGGAAGGACUUUUACCAGCAGCUCAUCGGCAAGCGCAUACUGGUGCUGGUGAACUACGAUCUGGAUGCGAUCUGCGCGAGCAAGAUACUGCAGGCCCUGUUCCGCUGCGACAAUGUGAUCUACUCGAUCGUGCCGAUCAUGGGGCUGGCCGCGAUGCGGCGGGCGUACAGCGAGCACCGGGGCGACAUCCGGUACGUGCUGCUGGUCAACUGUGGCGGCUGCAUCGACAUCGUGGACGUGCUGCAGCCGGACCAGGACGUGGUGUUCUUCAUCUGCGACUCGCACCGCCCGUACGACGUGUGCAAUGUGUACAGCGAUGGGCAGGUGCGCAUACUGGGCGAGAUGAACAGAAACGAAAACAUACCUGCGUUCGAGGACAUCUUUCAAGAUUCGGACAACGAGAGUGGUGAUGAGGACGAGGAGGACGAUGAUGAUGCCGGAUACAACGAGGACGGCGGUGGAAGUGACAGCGACGGUGGUGGUGGUGGUGCACCAAAACCAGCCAACAAUCGCAUUCAGCGCAUCGAGCAGCGGUUGCUGCGUCGUCGCGAACGGAAAGCCUGGCAGGAGCGACGGCUCACGCUGAUGUUCGAGUACGCCCAGUACGCCUACUACGGUUCCAGCUCGGCGCUCAGCAUCUUCGAGCUAGCCUGGCGCAUGUCGAAAGAUUCGCUCGACUUGCUCUGGUGGGCGAUCGUCGGCGUCACCGAGCAGAAGCUACUGGGGAAGGUGGAAAGCGCCUCGUACACGCUGCUCAUCGAAAAGCUCCAAUCGCACGUGUCGCGCCUCACCAACAAAGCGAGCGACCAGGCCAUCCAAACGUCCGUGAAGAUCGUGUUCGAGAGCGAUCUGCAGCUGGCCCUGUUCCGGCACUGGAGCGUGCUGGACUCGCUGCGCUUCUCUUACUACCCCGCCUGCCGACUGAAGCUCUGGACGCACAAGGGCGACAAGCAGAUGAACGAGCUGCUGGUCGACAUGGGCCUGCCGCUGGUGCAGGCGAAGCAAACGUUCAACGCGAUGGAUCUGGUGCUGCGGCGUGAGUUUUACGAAAAGAUUGAAAAGUUUGCCGAAAAGUACAACAUGCCGGACGUAACGUACGCCUCGUUCGUGCUGCAGUACGGCUACCGGAAUAAGUACUCGGCCGCCGACUACGUGUACUCCAUGCUGGCGAUACUGGAGUCGGUGCGGCAGGAUCGGUUACCGGAGGCGUGCUUUCUGCAGUCGAUGGAUGCGCUGUCGCGCGGCAAAAAGGCCAUCCUGGACGAGGGCAUCGAUCUGUGCAAAACGCUGCUGACGACCAUCUUCAAGCAGGUGCAGACGUGCCUGGAGAUGCAUCAGAUCCGCUCGGCUGGUCCGUUUCUGUACCUGGUGCUGCAGGAGGAGGUGUCGUUCUUUAGCUGCCCGUACGGGUUGCUGCUGCUGGCGCGGUUUCUGCUCCGUGCGCAUGUGGCCGUGUCGCGCAAUCGGCGAGCGCAGGAGUUGCCGCUGAUUGCGGUCGCUCCGAUCGAUUUGGCGCGGGGGAUUUCGCUGCUUGCGGGCGUACCGCCCGUCUGCGAGGACAGUCGGCACUUUUUUGCGAAAGCGUUCGAGGAGGCGGGCAAUCGGAGCGGAGCGGUAAUCUCGCAGGACUUUUUCGAGACGGCCGUCAUACAGAUCAAGCAGUCCGACUGUACCAAGUUUCUCGACGCGCUGACGGUUAUGCUUAGUUGAUAGGGAGAGACGAGAGGUAGGGAGGAAGGGGUUAGCUGUUAGUGUAGGGAGCGCAGGUGUGUUUGUGUGUGUGUUUUUUUUUUGGUUUAGUAAAUUUUAGUUUAGUAAAAUCUGUCGCGCACUCAACCCGUAGCUAGGGACCGUUUGCUGAACGUUUCCCACCAUAUUCGAGGACACUUGGCACACUUUCUCGACCCUUUUUGCCGUGUACUGUGUUAUACAGAGUCAAGUAAGUGUGUUAAAUGCCUUCGAUAAUGUGAAAAAGUUCUGUUAGUGUGCCUCCAAAUUGUGUCGACCCAUUGUGUGCGUCUGUCGUGACGUGAAGUAAUAUUUAAUGUUAAUAGGUCGUAAGACUCGAGGCAAAUAUUCACGGAGGGGUGCAAGCAAGGAGUCGUUGAGUAUGUGUUAGUGGAUGGGACAUGAUUGUUCUUUGUUUUAUGUACUUCGACAUCAAUAUUCCUACCGUGAGUGACCAACGGGACUGGACGGGGUGGAUGAUUGUGACAGCAUAUAGUUAGCGAGCGAGAUAGGAAAAAAGUAAGAAAUGCCUCCAGGUUCUAUACAACAAAAGUGCAAAAAGAAAGUUCUAUACAAAAACCAGUUUGAUAAAUUAUUAUUACCGAUAGGGCAAGCAAGGAGGAGCAGGCGAUAGUUUAAGGCUUAUCUGUACGGAAAUAUAGCAUUUACCUGUAACUACACC